AUGCAACCUCCAACGUACUCAAAAGAAUGGUUAUCUGCUUUGAAUCCUGAAUUGUUCUAUGGCCUUCGUAAACUGCAAACCCUAAGUUUACGUUCCAACUCUCUGAGGACUAUUCCAGUCCGCCUGUUUUCAGACUGUCGUAGUUUGGAUUUUUUGGAUUUGAGCACAAAUCGCUUGCGAAGUUUGGCACGCAAUGGAUUUGCAGGAUUAACCAAACUAAGGGAGCUUCACCUAGAGCACAACCAGCUGACAAAGAUUAACUUUGCUCACUUCCUUCGGCUAAGCAACCUGCACAUGCUCUUCUUACAGGGGAAUAAAAUUAGCAACCUGACCUGUGGGAUGGAAUGGACCUGGAGCACUUUAGAAAAGCUAGAUUUGUCUGGAAAUGAGAUCAAAGCCAUUGAUAUGACAGUUUUUGAAAUAAUGCCUAAUCUUAAAAUUCUCCUAAUGGAUCGUAACAAGCUAACCACGCUGGAGUCCAAGGUUUUAUAUUCACUUAAAACCCUAACGACUGUGGGUCUCUCCAGCAACCCCUGGGAAUGCAGCCCCAAAAUAUGCGCACUAGCCACAUGGCUCAGUGGCUUCCACGGUCGGUGGGAAUACUCUAUCCUUUGUCAUACCCCAAACCAUACACAGGGAGAGGAUAUUCUAGAUGCAGUUUAUGGUUUUCAGCUUUGCUGGAAUGUGUCAACUGUUGUUACACCCAUUGCUACAACUCACAGAGCUCCAACGACUGAAUAUACAAAACGAAUAAGCUCCUCAAAUUUCCAUGUGGGAGAUAAAGAGAUUUCAACCACCACAGGCGUACCCUUUACCACCGAAGAGCAGAUGCCUGAACCAAACAAUGUCAUUUUCACCCAGCAGGUAAUUACAGGAACAAUGGCUUUAUUGUUUUCUUUCUUUUUUAUCAUUUUUGUAGUGUUCAUCUCCAGGAAGUGCUGUCCUCCCACAUUAAGAAAAAUUAGGCAGUGUUCAAUUAUUCAAAGCCACAGGCAACUACGAUCUCAAACACGGCUACAUAUGUCAAAUAUGUCAGACCAAGGACCAUAUAAUGAAUAUGAACCUGCCCAUGAAGGACCCUUCAUCAUCAUUAAUGGCUAUGGACAAUGCAAAUGUCAGCAGUUACCCUAUAAAGAAUGUGAAGUGUAAUAUCUACAGGUAAUCAAAGAACACAAAGGAGAUAAACUUAUUUUAAAUUGCAGGGAUCUGAUACAUUUUUAAAAAAACUCAAAAACUGAGAAAGCCUAGAUUUUUUUUCUAAGCAACUUGUUUUGAGUGAUGCAGUAGUA